AGUUGCCGUUUACCUACGGUCGGAUUCGGUCGGACUUUCAACAGCACAGCGCUGCUAGGCUAGGGUGCACGGGCAGUGUGCCUCAACCAAACCAAACCAUCAGCCAUUGGUUGGCACACGCACAUGCAACAUUUUGUCCUUGAGAGUGAGUUCAGUGGAUUAUUCAUGAUUUUGUAGCAAACAAGUGACGGUCGUCUCCGUUCCACAGUUUUUCGCUUUGAGCCAGUGCAAGUAUAGCUGAGCAAGAGUGAUCAAGAUGGUGAACAAACAAUACAACGUACACAAUCCCAAGUUGCACAAAUCGAAGAGUGGUCCAAAUUCACCAACUCCGAUAAUGCGUAACUUCCCAGAGGUGUCAAACCAGCCGAAUCCUUCCAGUGCAAAUGGGUCUUUGGAAAAUAAUUUGAACCACAGUGUCGAACAUCAUCAACAUCACCGCCAGCAUCGUUCACUGCAGAACCACAUUCAGAAUAAUUUAGACUUAGAUGUGCGACGUCGCACCGGGGGUUCCACUUCACCCUCGGUCGAGGACUUUGGUGAGGAUGGUGUCUACGGUCGAAACAUCAGCUACUACAGUGAGAACACGCAGUUUGGAGAUGGAGGUAAUGGAAGUUCCACCACGGGCAGCAACGAACGGCUCAGCGUGAAGGAUUUGACCAUCAGUGACAUUGGCCGAUUCCAAUACAUUCUCCAGAUGGACCGAGAAGUGGGUACCCCCUACAGCGGAUACACCUCCACCUCCUCUCCACAUCCGCCCUCGGCUGCAAAUACUCUACCCAAUCACCUCCAUGCCAAUCGCCACAGUUUCAACUACUGGAAAGCCGGUUCCCAGACGCCCCUCACAAGCGCAUCAUCCAUCAAUUCCUUCUUCCGGCCAUCCUCCCACUCCAGCUGUUGCCUGUGGAAGGCUCUCAAGCUGAUAUGGCGCUUUAUCAAGUGGCCACUGGGAUUACUGCUAAUAUGUAGCUUGUUAGGUUUAAUUGUUUACUUCCUGGUUGUAGAUAGGGACAUCAUGAGUAGCUCCCUGCUAGGGGGAGAUAGCAUCUACGACGUGGAGGAGAAUUUAUCUAUCGAUUUUAACGAUUUUUCACAUACAAACGACCUAAAUAGUGGCGCAGUAACAACUUUUGGUCGAGAUCAUAAAGACAAGGGCACCGAAUUUUCUAAAGAUGGCGCAACACCCAACUCUAAAUUCUCGUUCGGUUUAAACAACGAUUUGCUGGCAAUUAUCGUAAAGAAAACAGAACAAAAUCGUAAUGAAGGUCAGAAUUUCUGGACAUCGACAGAACACGAAAAUCUAAGUGAAGAGAUACCCGCCCAAGUAGUAAAGGUCAGUAGCACAACUCAAGCACCAGUACGAAAAACGAGCACCAUAUCACUGAAGGAUUACACCAAGGGCCGAGUUUCAUUUGAUGAUGACGAGUUCGAGAAUGAGGAGGCCGUCAAGGAGCAAACAACCCGCGCACUCGAAACCGGAACCAACGAUAAUGACAGACAGGUGGGAUCUAACAAGGAUAUUUCCUACAGAUCGCUAGGAUUCACUUCAGGUCAUCAGAAUAGCUUCGGGGUUCCUAUCGAAGAGGAUGAACAACUGUUGACGAUGUUAAACGAACAGUUGAUCAGACUUGAGAAGCAGAGAGAAAAAAACCUUACUGCAACUUCGGCCACCACAGAUUCUAACCUGUACCGGACCAAAGUUUCCCCGACGCUGCCGAUUUUGUCGCGGUUUGAAAUCACGACCGAAGGUUUGAAACGUUUCAAUAUUUCCGAAGAAGGCAUUUGCAAGUCUACUUCUCUCCCUCUGUGCCGGGGAAUAUUACCGUACGAUUUGACUACGUCGAAAAACUUCCAGCUGACCAACGUUGAGUACGAGCACUUCCAGUAUGUCAUCAACUCCAAGUGCUCGGUACGCGUGGCAGAAUUCGUCUGUCUGGUCCUGGAACCCGAAUGUCGGCCGACUCGAAUGGGAACCCUCACGCCCUGCAAAAGGAUCUGCAAAUCUAUCCUGGAACCGUGUGCACAUAUAAUUGCCAGCUCGGAAAUAUUGACGUCUACGUUCGAUUGCGACAUCUAUCCAGACUCAAACGAUAGCAACGUUUGCGAGGAUCCAACCCGUGAGAGCGAUUGCUACGCUAAUGAGUUCCGGUGCAUGGAUUCCAGCUGUAUACCUCUACAGUGGAAAUGUGACAACAUCAAGGACUGCCAUGGUGGAGAGGAUGAGUCUGAUUGCAAAUUAUGCGAACGAGAUGAGUAUCGCUGCCUUUCAAACGAUAAAUGCAUCCCGGACAAAUGGCGUUGCGAUCAAUACGAAGACUGCCCGGAUGCAUCCGAUGAACUGGACUGCUACUAUGAUGAACACACAACUUACCCAACUGGUUUGAGCAGCCACCGGGAGUAUCCAUUUGUGCAGGUACAGGUACCGAAUAGCCCCGUCAAUGGCAAACCAUACCUAACAAUUACCAACGAGGACCGUGAAAGGAAUCAUCGUACGGAGCCAGCACACCAGGAACGCCAUUAUGCAGAUUAUGGAUCGUCGCGAGAAGAUGAAUAUGAACCAACUGCAGCCGAAAACGUUCCGCAGGUAAAUCGGAGGAACCGCACGGAUCCAAUUGAAACAAACACCGAACGAGUAGAAGAUCAAACCGAGGCGGAAACCGUUAGAACUCACUCGGUUUCAAAAACUUUGAACAACUUUCAAGAUAGUAAGGAAAUUAUGAUGACCUCUGAUUCAGAAAACGACUUCAAAUUCAGCAGCACUAGCAGGGCAUUUCUAACAACUGCCCAUGCAUCGCCCUGCCCGGAAGGAGAAUUGCGAUGUGUUAGCGGAAUUUGCAUUUCAGUGAGCCAAUUGUGUGAUAAAGUUACAGAUUGCGCCGACGGCGCCGAUGAAGCCAUGUGUGUUUACAAGGAUUAGAACUUAGUUCAGCUUGAGGAGAGGAAACAAUGCCCACCCAGCAAAUUGAUGACCUAGCGGAAACAAAUAUGCACUGCCUUAAAAAGAAUCGAACAGCAAUCGAACUGUUAAUUCUUUUCUUGCAAGAAGAUUCGGGGGUACUAAUAGUGAUUUUACUUGUUAACUUGUUGUUAAAAAAAACUGUGCAUCAAUUAAGUUUAAUACCAUCCUCCAUUAUUACCAUUACCACAGUUGAAGUUACCCAUGAUGUGUAUUAUUAGGCUUUAGAACGAAAGCAGUAGGAAAAUAUAUGUAAUAUCGAACAAACGGUUACUGGUUGGUGCGUAUGAAUACUCCGCAAAACGGGGAGUUUUGUGGAACGUAUUUAACAGCGCACCACCGAUAAAAAGUAGUUUUCAAAGGUUAAUACGUUACUAGUUAUUGAAGCGCUGUAAAUAAGCCAUUCUUUCUUUCUAUCUAUCAUUUCAUGUUUCUUUUGUAAAUCUGUUUUCGAUAAAUGUCUUUUACAAUUA